AUGUCAAAUAAAGAGCGGUUAGUCUUCGGCCUUGAAGUAGACAUGUUUUCGGUCGACUGGAUUUACAGUACGACCAGACUAGAGUUUUUCGACUAUGUUAGGAAACCGCAAGUUUUACUUCGUUUAAGUUGUAUGGUAUUAGCGACAGUCGUCAUCGGGAUUGUGCAUAAUUGUUGUUACGUUUACGGGAUUUGUUUAUUUAAUGAAGAUCAGGGGUCUUGUGGAUACAGUUUGUUCCUGUCCUCUAUGUCACUCAUUGUGUCUGUUAUCUACCUGUGGCUGGACAUCAUAGUCGACAAUGUUACGAACGUGGACAUAAGAAAAAGCAUAGUUAAGAUAGACACUAUCCUAACAAGUUUAUGGAGUUUCCUGUGGUUGGUUGCAUUUUGUUUGCUUUGUAAUCGCUGGCAAAACACGAAACCAGAUUUUCUUACGCAUAAUGCUGUUUCUGCGGAUGGACCUCGUAGUGCCAUUGCCUUCACAUUCUUCACUAUGGUUGUAUGGAUUAUUCUCGGAUAUUUUACAUACAAGUCAUAUAAGGCAACUGAAGCACUAUGUUCUAACUUUGCUUACGGAGAAACUGAUAAUUCACCCGGCUAUCACGGCUUUUCCAAUGAUGCAAAUAUGCUCGAUGCAACAGGGCCAGGACCAUUGGAUCCCGACACUCCUACUGGGCAUGCAAAUAUGGAUUAUCAUGUCGGUAAUAUCCGAGCGGGAUUUGGCGGUGUGUACUCUGGUGAUACAAUGGGUGGAUAUCAACCCUAA